AUGAUCUGCAUAUACACUAUCUAUCUAUCUAUCUAUCUAUCUAUCUAUCCUAUUUAUCUAUCUAUCUAUCUAGACGAUUUGAUCUAUCUAUCUAUCUAUCUUUAUCUAUCUAUCUAUCCUUGUCUACUUCAACUCUUUUUUUUUUUUUGCUUCAUUCAUUUUCAGCCAUCUCGUCUUUCUUUUUUAUUCAUAAAUUUCUUCCGUUUUACUUUCUACAUUUUAAUUUUCUUAUUUCCUCAUACGUAUAUGCAUUCGAAUUUUAGUUUUUUGCUCAUUCUUUCUUUCUUUAUUCCUUUUUUCCUUCAUUCCUCUUUCCUUCCUUCAUUCGUUCGUUCGUUCGUUCCUUCCUUCCUUCCUUCCUAUAUUUCUUCCUUCCUUCCUUUCUUUCUUCCUUCCUUCAUUCGUUCAUUUGUUCGUUCCUUCCUACAUUCCUUCCUUUCUUCUUUCCUUUUCUUCCUUCCUUCUUUCAUUCAUGCCUUCCUUCCCUCCUGCUUUCUUUCAUUCCUUCCUUCCUUCCUUCCUUUCUUUCUUCAUUCCUUCUUUUAUUCCUUCUUUCCUUCAUUUCUUCAUUCCUUCCUUCCUUCCUUCCUUCCUUCCUUCCUUCCUUCAGGCCUUCCUUUCCUCCUGCUUUAUUUCCUUCCUUUCUUCUUUCCUUCUUUUAUUCCUUCCUUCCUUCAUUUCUUCAUUCUUUCAUUCCUUCCUUCCUCCUUCUUUCAUUCAUGCCUUCCUUCCUUCCUUCCGUCCAUUCCUUCCUUCCAUCCUUUCUUCAUUCCUUCUUUUAUUCCUUCCUUCAUUUCUUCAUUCUUUCAUUCUUUCUUUCCUUCCUUCUUUCUUUCCUUUUCUUUCUUCUUUCUUUCAUUCAUGCCUUCCAUCCUGCUUUCUUUCCUUCCUUCCUUCCUUCAUUUCUUCAUUCUUUCCUUCCCUCCAUUUCUUCCGUCCUUCUUUCAUUCAUGCCUUCUUUCCUUCCUGCUUUCCUUCCUUCCUUCCUUCCUCCCGUUCCCUUCCUUCCUUCCUCCCGUUCCCUUCCUUCCGUCCUUCCGUUUCGUUCCGUUCCGUUCCGUUCCUUCCUUCCUUCCUACCUUCCUUCCUUCAUUCCUUCUUUUAUUCCACCUUCCUUCCUUCCUUCAUUCUUUCUUUCCUUCCUUCCUUCCUUCUUUCCUUCCUUCUUUUAUUCCUUCCUUCCUUCCUUCCUUCCUUUUUAAUCCUUCUUUUAUUCCUUCCUUCCUUCUUUUAUUUAUUCCUUCCUUCCUUCUUUUAUUCCUUCCUUCCUUCCUUCCUUUAAUCCUUCUUUUAUUCCUUCCUUCCUUCCCUUCCUUUUCCUUCCUUCCUUCCUUUUCCUUCCUUCCUUCUUUUAUUCCUUCCUUCCUUCCUUCAAUCCUUCUUUUAUUCCUUCCUUCCUUCCUUCCUUCUUUUUUUAUUCCUUCCUUCCUUCCUUCCUUCCUUUAA